GAAGAAGCACAUGAUCAAGAAGAAGAGGAAAACGAAGAAGAAGCUAUGUUUUCAAUAACUCUGUAAAAAAAAAAAUACAGAAAGGUUUAGAGUUCGUUUUAAAAGCGUGGAAGGUCAAGUCGUCAGCUUGACUGUCAAACAAAGAUGCCAGCUGAUGAGGAUUCACACGGCAUCAACAGUGUUGCAGACAAACUCUCCAGGCUGCCCCCAGAUCUGUUAACUGAAGCGUCUCAGCACAUUCUGUCCUAUCUGCAAGGGCAAAAUAGUGGCGUAGACUCAGCUGAAAUUUCUCAUAGAUUUCAGAGGGCAGGAGUAACAUUUGAUCAUGAAGCUGUCCAGAGCAUUAUCAGAUUUCUCCUGUUGACGUUCAGGUCCGCGGGAAAGAACAACCUCUCUGCAGAUGAACUUGUGUCGAAACUGAAGGAAGGCUCCAGCAAAUGGCCCAAAGCUUCUCUUCAGGUCUUGCACGCGUUGUGGAGUGAACAGGGUGCGGCGGUGCGUGCCCAGCAGGACGCGCAGUCCAUGCUCAGCAUUGGUCAGCUCGUGGACAUGCAGUGGAAGCUGGGGAUGGCGGUGAGUUCGGACACGUGUCGGUCUCUCAACUCGCCGUACGUCUCCCUCAUGCUCAAGAUCGCGGAGCCCUCUGGACAGAUCAGCCAGAAAGCUUUCGAGAUGACCAUUCCUCAGUUCCAGAAUUUUCACAAGCAGUUCAAGGAGAUGGCAGCGAUCAUGGAGACCGUAUGAUGCCGAGAACGCCUAAGUGUGCAGUUGGAACCAGAUUUCGUAAGAAUGGACAGAGGAGCCGCUUGACGUCUUUUUUUGUGUGUGUUUAGUGUUUUAAUAUGUCAAUGUGACUUGCUGCAAAUGUCAAGUCUCAGCUUGUCUCUCUCCACAGGUUGUAAAAGCUCUUACAUGAUGUGCUUGCAAGUACUUCAAGAUAAGAACAGCUGACUAAAAGACAGCUUUCAGGGUUAAGUAGUUUAUCCUGUUGCUUCUAGUGCAAACCCCCGAGUGGUUUGCUUAAUUUUGCAACACUUGUGUCCAUCAUGUGACUGAUUUCAGACAAACUGUAAUACAUUUUCAUUUGUGCACUCCAGCCAUGGGUUUCAUUGUUUUUUUUUUUGUAUGUCUGUAUUGAAGGACUGUUAAGUGAAGCAUUUGAGCUUGUCUUUCCCUGUACAUGCUUCUUCUCUCCGAUCAGUUUUGACGACUUCAUUGAAACACUGUACACUGCCCAUUUUAAUGAGGUUUUCAAAUAAUAAAGCAGCCUUUCCAUUUUAGGAUUUUUCUAACAUC